AGCAAGGCGGAAGUGUUCGCCGACCCAAGUAGGCGGAGAAAGGAGAGGAGGAUCGGCGGGUCAAGCUUUCCUAGCCUGACAGUAGCCACUUCGGAACGUACGUCCCAGCCCUCUUUAGCUACUUAGCGCCUCCGGGCCCGGGAGCACCUGCUCCUUGGCGCAGUCUGGCGCCACCGGCAUCCCGGAACUGUACUUCCCAGAGACGUCACACGGCAUACUUCCGGUUCCCGCUCUUGGGGUUGGACUCUCACGUGCAGGAGCCAGUCCUCGCUGGGCUCUAGCGGGCUUCUGAUGGAGGAGCUACUUCUCUGGGAGGAAAGAGCAGAAUUAGCAGCAGCCUCUGUCACCAUCCAAAGAUCACAACCCAUGAAAUCAUUGAGUUUGUGCUUUCUAUCAGAAAGCAGAGGAGAAUGAAAAAGCAAACCGCUAACAUUGCUUGAGGAUCUAGGUGAUUAAUUCUUUAGACUGUUGUCAUGGGUAUCCGAGGACUAAUGAGUUUUGUGGAAGAUCACAGUAAUGAGUUCUUCACUGAUUUGAAGUUGCAGGACACAAAAAUUGUCAUUGAUGGCUAUGCUCUUUUCCACCGUCUUUCCUUCAAUUCAAACUUGGAGCUCCGGUAUGGUGGGGACUAUGAUUCUUUUGCAGAUAUUGUACAAAAAUUCUUUGAAUCACUGUUUGCUUGUAAUAUAUGCCCAUAUGUUGUAUUAGAUGGAGGAUGUGACAUUUCGGAUAAAAAGCUUACAACUUUAAAGGAUAGAGCUAGAGAGAAGAUCCAGAUGGCCCAUUCCCUUUCUGUUGGUGGGAGUGGGUAUGUAUGUCCCUUACUCAUCCGGGAAGUAUUCAUACAGGUUUUGAUCAAGCUGCAGGUAUGUUUUGUCCAGUGCUUUUCAGAAGCAGAUCGGGACAUUAUGACACUUGCUAAUCAUUGGAAUUGCCCUGUGUUAUCGUCAGAUAGUGACUUUUGCAUUUUUGACCUGAAAACUGGGUUUUGCCCAUUGAAUAGCUUUCAGUGGAGAAAUAUUAACACUAUUAAGGGCACACAAAACUAUAUCCCUGCCAAAUGCUUUUCCCUUGAUGCAUUCUGCCAUCACUUUAGCAAUAUGAAUAAAGCUCUACUGCCUCUCUUUGCGGUGCUAUGUGGAAAUGACCAUAUUAAUCUACCUAUCAUAGAGACAUUCUUAAGUAAAGCAUGUCUUCCUCUUGGAGCUACCAGUUCUAAAGGGAGGAGACACCACCGAAUCCUGGGACUUCUGAAUUGGUUGUCUCAUUUUGCCAACCCUACUGAAGCACUAGAUAAUGUUCUGAAAUACCUCCCAAAAAAGGAUCGAGAAAAUGUUAAGGAACUUCUCUGCUGUUCCAUGGAAGAAUACCAACAGUCCCAGGUGAAGCUGCAGGACUUCUUCCAGUGUGGUACUUAUGUCUGUCCAGAUGCCUUGAAUCUUGGUUUACCAGAAUGGGUAUUAGUGGCUUUAGCUAAAGGCCAGCUAUCACCUUUCAUCAGUGAUGCUUUGGUCCUAAGACGGACCAUUCUUCACACACAGGUGGAAAACAUGCAGCAACCAAACCCUCUAGCUUUCAGUGAAGUAGAAAGGAUUAAUAAGAAUAUCAAAACCUCAAUCCUUACUGCUCGCAAUGCUAGUGGGACCCUUGACUGCCAUAAUCAACAGCCCUGGUAG